GUUUCCUGUUAUUUCAGCGGUCGCCCAAAACCUCGUGUGAUGGAACUCCUUUUCCCAACGUCUCUCGUCCUGGACGUGAAGGGUUGUCUCCACGAGCUCAAGUCAAGAAAACCUGAUAUAUCAAGCCGGUAACAUAUCAAAACGCUCGGUGUGCCGUCAAAAGACUAUGGCAUUGGCCCGGAUCUCUCGAUUCCUGCCGCUUCGCCGUGCGGCGUCCACAGCAGCCCAGCCUACCAAAGCUGCUGGGGACAUCUCGUCGGUUUUUCCUAGCUUGAGACCCGAUUAUAAGCCGGAAGCCCUUGAUGUGCGGUUCCAGGAACUCAAGCAAAAUCUAUUUGAGCAAAAUCCUCAGCCAUUGAUGCAGAGUUGGUCCCGGCUCCUCUCAAGCUUGCAGAAUGAGAUUGUAGAAAUCCGCGCCAAUGGGAACAAGGUUAUUCCGUCACUGAAUUUCAAUGACCUGAAAACUGGAAAUUUGUCCGCCCAAACGCUUUCAGACAUUCGCCGGCGUGGAGCCGUCGUUAUACGCGGAGUAUUUCCAAGGUCGUUCGCACUUGAGCUCAAACAGCGGGCAAUGGACUAUGUAAUGGCCAAUAAGGCGAGGGUAAAGGCGUUCCCGUCCGAUUGGCCUGUUGUCUAUGAGCUGUAUUGGUCUCCGUCACAGGUAGAAGCGCGUUCUCAUCCGAACAUGCUUGAGACCCAGCGCUUUCUGCAAGGCCUAUGGCAUUCGUCGGAUCCAUCUACUCCGGUUUCCAUGCGACAUACCCUUUCAUAUGCGGAUAGGCUUCGUAUCCGAGAGCCUGGGGAUGCAAAAUUUACUCUAGGGCCACAUGCUGAUGGCGGGUCUCUGGAGCGCUGGGAGGAUCCGGAAUAUUCAAAGGUCUACCGUAAAAUACUCCAGGGAUCGUGGGAAGAUUAUGAUGCUUUUGAUGCCGCACACCGUGCCACUGCAAAAAUGGAUUUAUACGGCGGGCCCGGUGCUUGCUCGAUGCUCAGAUUUUUCCAGGGCUGGCUUGCCAUGUCAGACACUGGGCCUGGAGAAGGGACGCUAAGUGUGUGCCCAAUGCUCAAGCAUAGCACGGCAUAUACCAUCCUUCGCCCGUUCUUUGACCCUGAAACCUCACGCCCACUGAAUGAUUCAACAUUUCCCGGGGCGGUACCGGGGGCCGCCCAGGAAUUUUCGAAGACAAGUCACCCUCAUUUAGAACUUUCCACUACCAUGGUUCCAAUGCCACGGGUACAGCCAGGGGACUUUGUGGCGUGGCAUUGUGACGCCCUUCACUCUGUGGAUAAAGAACAUCGUGGGAAAGGCGACUCAAGCGUCCUUUACAUCCCUGCAGCACCUCUCUGCGAAAUGAAUGCGGAGUAUCUUAAGAAACAAAGAGAAGCAGCUUUGGCCUAUUCUCCACCGUGGGACUUCCCGGACGCUGGGGGGCUUGGUGAACGAGGUUUUGAAGGUGCGGUCGAUUGGUCUACCCUGAGAGAUGAAGGACUCCAAGCAAUGGGCAUGGGUUCGAAACCCUGGGCGAUCGAGGAUGGCAUGGGCCAGGGUGAAAUUGAGGCUGUCAAUGCUGGAAACAGAAUUUGUUUCGGAGAAAUAUAAACGGAGAUUUGAACCAUGAAACUUUGGGUAUAUGACAAGGGUAUAGAUUAAGUCAGGGAUUUAAGGACUAUUGAUUCCUCUGAAACCGCGAAUGACAUUGAUGGUUUAAUCCUGAUGGUCGAGAGCAAAUGAACAUGCAGCUGCCGCGAAACUAUGAUCAUCGAAAACAUGUCUUAGCUUCGUUGAGUGUUUUGAACUAUGAUUUAAAUAAAGAAGAGCAAGACAGCUACUUUGCACACGUUACUAGCCGAACUGGUUCACUUUCCGUGGAGUAAUAAUAAGAUCAUUUCGAGCUUCUUGAA